CCGUUGUGCACGAGCCGGCUGACAACAGACGGUAAUAAUGGCCAAGGUGAAGCAGGUGGGCUUGCUGGCAGCAGGCUGUCAGCCCUGGAAUAAAGACGUGUGUGCUGCUAGUGGAGACCGCUUCGCCUACUGUGCUACUUUGGCGAUAUAUAUCUACCAGUUGGACCAGCAGUACAAUGAGUUUAAGUUGAGGUCCAUCAUGUCUGAGCACAAGAAGACUAUAACAGCCAUCAGCUGGUGCCCUGACAACCCCGACCUGUUUGCAUCAGCCUCUGCCGAUAACCUGCUCAUCGUGUGGAACGUAGCAGAACAAAAGGCCGUAGCACGACUGGACAACACUAAAGGUGUCCCUGCGUCUGUAAGCUGGUGCUGGAACUUUGCUGAUGGAGUGGCGUUUGUCUCCCAGCGUGGUCCGUUGUAUAUCUGGGUAUACGGAGGUCUCGAGCCCGGGGUCACAGUGCAUAAAGAAGCCCACUCCUUCCUGUCUGAUAUCUGUCUCUUCAGAUGGCACCCCACCAAGAAGGGCAAACUGGUUGGACACACCGACGGGAGUUUGUCUGUUUUUCAGCCAGGAAGUAAAGGCCAAAAGCACGUGCUGCGACCGGAGUCAUUAGAAGGGACAGAUGAAGAGGAUCCAGUCAGCGCUCUGGAAUGGGACCCUUUGUCAACGGACUAUUUACUAGUGUCUAACCUCCAUAAUGGUAUCAGGCUGGUGGACAGCGAGGCCUUGGCUUGCAUCACGUCCUUCUGCUUCCCCUCGGCUGCUGCAUCAGUUCAGUGUUUGGCCUGGGUUCCCUCUGCACCAGGCAUGUUCAUCACUGGAGACUCGCAGGUCGGAGUGUUGAGGGUGUGGAAUGUGUCUCGCUCGACGCCUUUGGACAGCUUCAAACUGAAAAAGACAGGAUUUCAUGCCUUGCAUGUCCUCAACUCCCCUCUUGCCAAGAAAGCUCAGAGUUCCUGUUCUCCCAGCAAAAGUCAGCACACCAGUUCUACCAGUGAGGCUGUACCUCCCCCAACCCUGUCCCAGAACCGAUCCUUCUCUCUGCCUCCUGGCCAUGCUGUGUGCUGUUUCAUGGAUGGAGGGGUGGGACUCUAUGACAUGGGGGCCAAGAAGUGGGACUUCCUAAGAGACUUGGGCCAUGUAGAGACGAUCUUUGACUGUAAGUUUAAACCAGAUGAUCCCAACCUGCUGGCCACGGCUAGUUUUGAUGGAACCAUCAAAAUCUGGGACACAAACACACUAACAGCUGUUUACACCUCCCCCGGCAACGAAGGAGUGGUUUACUCCCUGUCUUGGGCUCCAGGAGACCUGAACUGCAUCGCAGGUGCAACAUCUCGAAAUGGAGCAUUCAUCUGGGACGUCAGGAAAGGAAAGAUCAUUACUCGCUUUAAUGAGCACGGUAAAAACGGUAUAUUCUGUAUAUCAUGGAGCCAUAAGGAUUCUAAGAGGAUCGCUACCUGUAGUGGAGACGGAUUCUGUAUCAUCCGGACCAUCGAUGGGAAAAUCCUCCAUAAGUACAAACAUCCUGCUGCUGUGUUUGGUUGUGACUGGAGUCAGAACAACAAAGACAUGAUAGCGACAGGCUGUGAGGAUAAAAGUGUCCGUGUGUACUACCUGGCUACCAGCUCCGAUCAGCCUCUGAAAGUCUUUACUGGGCACUUAGCUAAAGUUUUCCAUGUUCGCUGGUCUCCGCUGAGAGAGGGAAUACUGUGUUCUGGAUCAGAUGAUGGUACUGUUCGGAUAUGGGACUACACACAGGAUGCGUGUAUCAAUGUGCUGAGUGGUCACACAGCUCCGGUCAGAGGCUUGAUGUGGAACACAGAGGUCCCUUACCUCCUCAUUUCAGGUUCAUGGGAUUAUACAAUCAGAGUGUGGGACACAAGAGACGGCACAUGUCUAGACACAGUCUACGAUCACGGAGCUGAUGUCUACGGUCUAACAUGUCAUCAGAGUCGUCCGUUCACCAUGGCGAGCUGCAGCAGAGACAGCACAGUGAGGCUGUGGUCCCUCACCCCUCUCAUCUCUCCCCUGCUGCUGAACAUCCUCACCAACCAGCCGUGGGAAAAGAUAAUAGGAAACACAGACACAGCUAUGGUGCCCGGCUCGCCGCCACUGCUCUGUGGAAAAGUGUCUCGAGACAUUAAGCAGGAGUUGGAUAAACUGAGCUCUGAUAUCAGGGCCAAGAAGCUCCGCUGGUUCUCUGAGUGCUUUUCGCCUCCAGGAGGCAGCAGUAACCUGUGGGACUUGGUGUCAGUCAUAAACGGCCAGGACGACUCGCUGCUGCCUGCCAGCUACAGCAAAGGAGUGAUGCACAUGAAGCACCUGCUGAAGUUUAAAACGUCUGAAGCCCAGGAGCUCACUAUUGUCAAGAUGUCUAAAUUUGGAGGAGGGAUCGGAGCUCCCAGUAAAGAGGAGCGACUGAAAGAAGCAGCAGACAUCCAUCUGAGACUGGGACAGAUUCAACGAUACUGUGAAUUAAUGGUGGAGCUGGGACAGUGGGAGAAAGCUUUAUCUGUGGCACCAGGAGUCUCAAUGAAGUACUGGAAGAAACUCAUGCAGAGGAGAGCUGACCAACUGAUGGCGGAGGAUAAUGAUGACGCUAUCCCGUACUGCGUCGCCACAGGAGACAUAAAGAAACUCGUUACUUUCUUCACCGGCAGAGGACAGCUGCUCGAGGCCUUAGUAAUAGCACAGGGGGCGUUUGAAGGGAACAUUCGUGCACCUCAAAGCUCCCCAGUUAACCACACGACUAAUGAUGUCGAUAACAGACAACAAUACCAGAGUCUCCUCCAUAAGGUAUGUGAAGAGCUAGCGGAGUGGUAUUUCCAGGACGGAUGCUCUGUCCUGGCAGCAUGCUGCCACCUCGCUGUGGACAACGUCAAGUUAGCCAUGUCGAGUCAAAUCCGAGGUAAUGAGCUGGAGUUGGCUGCCUGCGUGGGUAUCGUGUUAGGGGACGCAGCCAGUGAGAGCACUGCGUAUUGUCUUGAACUCUUGGCCAGAAAGUACAUGACGGCGCCCACAUGGGAGCUCUCAGCUGACCUACUGCGAAUGAUCCCUGACAACGACAUUUUAAUGGCUAAGCUGUGUGCAUUUUACCCAGGAAGUGCCGCUGAGAUCAACCAGUUUCAUGAAAGGUGCGGUCUCCCUUCAUUAGAGGAAUGUAAGGCCUUGGCAGAAGCAGCCAUGAGUGAAGGAGAUUUGUUUUCAGCAGUUAAAUUCCACCUGCUGAGCUCUGAACCGGAGAACGCCCUCUCUAUCGGGCUGGACCACGUUAAAGGACAGCUGACUGGAUCUGAUUGGACGGUGGACAGCGUUCAGCCAAUCCUGGACCUGAUGAGUUACAUCAGAACUGACUGCCUCAUCAUGGCCAAGCUGACCGAAGCCCGCAGUGAGCUGUUGAUCCUUUGUGGUUAUAUUGGAGGUCUGCUGGCCAUAAGAAGACAGUAUUGUAGCAUCGUACCCGCACUCUACGAAUACACCAGUCAGUUGUUAAAGCGGAGGGAGGUGUGUGUCCCUCUGAAGAUUGAGCAGCUGUCUGUGGAGCUGGAUGCCUGGCGGGCUUGCACACAAAGUAACAGCAAUCCUCCAUCAGAGUGUCAAAGAGAAGAGUUCAGCUGCCUGGAGAGGAGAAUCCAGUCAACAGACUCGGCAGCUUUAGUCUUGUGCGGCGCCGAUUAUGUGACGGGCUCCAAUCUGCCGAGCCACUCAGAUGUUCAACUGUCCUGUUUCACUGGGCACAGAAUACAGGGUCCAGUGUUUUUGCUGGAGGACGGUAAAUCAGCAAUCUCUCUCAACGAUGCUCUAAUGUGGGCUAAAGUCAACCCUUUCUCCCCUCUGGGAACAGGACUCCGCAUCAACCCCUUCUAACACACACACACACACACACACACACACACACUCAUACAGAGGGCAUACCAUGCAAAGGGUUACAGAAUUGAAGGGGGAAAAAUGAAAACUGGGCAGAAAAUAAUGUUUUUGUGAUUCAGAUAACUGGCCAUCUGUAUUCUUUACAUAAUUUACGAAGCCAAAACAACAAACAAAACAUUUCUGAUACAAACACGCUCAUGGUUAUGGUAGAUUAUGACAUUGGUUAGCUGUCAUGUGAUAAGAACUUAGCCAACAAAGUCAUUACGCUUCAGUUGUGGAGGGGGUUCGUAUUGACUGAUAUGUGAUUUAUUCCCUCCUCUCUCCAGCUACAAUUUCUCAAAAUAUGAGUAUGUACA